GUUAUACGGAUUGGAAACGAGUGGUGGGCAUUCUCAACCAUGUCCCAUGUCAACGGGAAGCGUGUGCAUGUUCCGAUGGCUCAUACGUAUGACUUCGGUACCUGGACGAGCUUCGGCGAGAAAGACGCCCUUCCGAACCUCCCCAGCUGGGUGUACCCCGACGCACCUGCUGUGUGGGCACCGGACGUUGUACAACUUGCACCUGGCCGCUUCGUCAUGUACUAUACUGCUGCUCUGAAAUCCAAUCCUAGGUUCCAUUGUCUGGGAAUCGCUUCGGCUUCUACAGUCACUGGUCCAUACACCCCUAUAGGCCCAGAUCCAUGGGCUUGCCCUACGGCUCAGGGGGGAGCGAUAGAUCCAGCCGGCUACUACGAUCCGAAAGACAACACACGUUGGGUCGUGUACAAGAUCGAUGGAAAUGCGAUUGGCAGGGGAGGCUCUUGCGGGAAUACGGUGAAGCCUAUAGUCAGUACCCCUAUAAUGCUUCAGCAGGUAUCGGUGGACAAUGGCUUCACAAAGAUUGGUCUUCCUACGCCGCUGAUAGUCAACCAUCCUGCUGAUGGUCCUUAUGUCGAAGCACCAUCUCUCACCAAGAUGCCCGACGGGACGUAUGUUCUUUAUUACAGCUCGAACUGCUACGUCACGCCUCUUUAUGACGUGUCCUACGCAACAUCGAGAAACAUCAAGGGACCUUAUAAGAAGUUCGGCGGACUUAUUCAGACUGGUACAUAUGGACUUACAGCUCCAGGCGGUCUUGAUAUGGCUAUCAAUGGCGAUCAUGCUGUAUUCCAUGCC